AUUGGUGAUGGCCGAUGGGUAUUCGGGUAUUCCCAUAAUACUGGAUUACUGUCCGGCGACUGCUAUACAAUAAUUGUUAAGAAGCAACACUAAAAGUCUGAACUCAGCUGUUGGCUUAUAAAUCAAGUGUGAGGUGCAUAGAAAAGUAAGUAGAGGGGUUCUCCAGAAUACUCCUGUAGCUAUGAGUAAUGCUCAAAAUUCCAAUGGACAAUCACUGAUUGCGCCAUUUUAUCCAAUGGAAAAGACUACUAUUACAGAUUCUUCGCGACAAGUACCAGUGGUAUUACAGCAACCGUCAACUACUUCAAUUCAAAUACUCGAACCUUUGAAACAUGAUUUCAACAUAAGCGUUCGAUCAAUUUUGAAUAAAAUGACUCCUGAUAAUAUGUCUUCAUUAACUAAGUGUUUUAAGGCGCUACCAAUUGACACUAUUGAGCGUUUAGAGGAAACUAUUGAUUUAGUUUUUGAAAAGGCAAUUGAAGAGAUAUCUUUUGCGCGUCUAUGUUCAAUUUUAUGCUCAUCUAUGCAAUUUGUAGAAGUUAGUACUAAUUAUGGCCAAACAGAAUCUUUUAAAAAGUUAAUAAUAAGUAAAUGUCAAAGCCUGUUUGAACUAGACAAGGCCCAAGAAAUGAAUGCUUAUAAGAAACUCACUGAAAUCAAUUCUUGCAAAGAUCCAGAAAAGAAAAAAGAACUUCAACUUGAGUUUGAAGAAAAUGAAAGAAGAUUACGCAAACGUUCUGUAGGAAAUUGCCGAUUUAUGGGUGAAUUAUUCAAACAAAAAAUUGUUACUUCAGAUAUUGUGUUGUAUUGCAUUGUGAAUUUAGUCACUAAACUUGAUGAAGAAUCAAUUGAGUGUCUAUGCAUUUUAUUAAAGAUAGUUGGAAAAGAAUUAGAACAAGUAUAUUCUUACAAUUUAAAUGAUACUUUUGAUAAACUAACAGCUUUUACAUUCAGCGACAAGAAAUCAAAGAUUUCAUCUAGAAUACAAUUCAUGAUAAAGAAUGUCAUCGAUUUACGUAGGCAAAAAUGGAUAUCUGAAAAACAAGAUUGUCUUCAUGAUAAUAGAUAUAAAAGUCACCUGUCCUUUUUAGAUGAAGAUAAGAAUGGGUGGUAUGUUCAUCAAAAUAACACAAUUGUUCAUCAAAAUAAGUAUAAGCAACGACAUUACAUUAAUAUACCAGGUUUUAAGGAAAACACAUCUGUUACAACCUUGGGCCCACCUAAAUGGUCACUUACCACAGUUAGCAGUAACCCAUAUGCAGUUCUUAAUGAUGAUAAAAAGUCAUCAAAUUCUCCACAGAUUAUGUCAAAUAAGAACACAUCGCGGAAGCCUGUUAUAUCAGAAAGCGAAGAAAGACAAAGAAUGAUGUCUGGUGUAGCGAGUAUGAUGCCUCAAUUUGCUCAAUCCACGCCUUCAAUAAAUUCUUCUAGUUCAUCACAGCUAAAAGAAACUGUUGAAGAACCAGUGUCCGAAUUGGACUCAGAAAUGGCUAAUAAAAUUAGCAUGAAAUGUAAAAACAUCCUUCUUGAAUAUGAGCAAAUGCAAAAUUUAGAUGAUAUAAUUUAUUCAUUAUCGGAAGAUGAAACUUCGGUGAUCCGCACAAGGCAUGAAGAGUUUGUAACAUCAAUGUCACUUAUAACUUUAGAUAGUAGUCCAAUUACCCGAACAACGGUAGCAGGAAAAAUUUUUGCAGAACUUUUAUCUAAGAAAAUUCUUUCUAUGGAUGCCAUAACUCGAGGAAUUGAUGCUGUUCUUAAAGAAUGGAAUGAUUAUUUGAUGGAUUACCCUCAAUUUUUCUCCUAUAUUGCUGCCAUUAUUGCUCCAUUAUUAUUAUCACAGAAUGCUUCCUUUGAUUUUAAUAAUUUAAAAGAUUCUUGUACAUCAAUACGACCUGACAAUUCUAGUAAAUUUUUCACAGAAGUAUUAAAUAAAAUUCUUAGUUCCAAGGAAACGCAGAACAUUAAAGAACAACUAGGUGGUAUAUUGUGGAUUUACAACAAGUGGAGGACGUCAGAAUAUGUUCCUCUUGACGUAUUUAUGGCUAAUAACCAAAUAAAUAAAUAUUUCAAAAAUGAUCGAAUUGGAGUAUUCCUUUUAUCUAUUGCCAUGUAUGAUAAAAUGAAGAUGACUCAUAGUAAACCUCUGUACGAUGUAUUGCACAGUUGGAUAAGUACUAAUAUCAAUGCUGAAAUAAUUAAAUGCCCUCAGUUUGUGCGAGCAUUAACUAUAGCCAUUGUCAUUGUAUGCUCUAAACCGAAUCAUUCAUAUGAAGAUUUCUUUGAUCAUGUUCAUGUGAAAUUGUUGACCUGUUAUAUUCGGUCUGAACCGCUUCCGGAACCUGAAAUCCAGGCAAGGGAAGUACAAUGUCUAUAUGGCAUUCAAAUUAUGUCUGCUGCGCUUGAACAUCCUGGAGGAAUGGUAUUAAGACUGUUCCAUAAGCUCUAUCAGGAUAGUGUUAUAAGUAAAGAAUCGUUUGAAUUAUGGAAAAAAGAAGAUGAAUUCAAAGCUGGAUUCGAUGAAGACCUAGAAACAAAAACUAUGGCUGUUGUAGUUUUAAAUUCAUUCUUCCUUUCACUUGCAGCAAAUGAUUCUGAUGAAGAAGAAACAGCUGAUUAGUGUACUAACAUUAACUUAUAGUGUAUCUUAUAUACAUCGAUCAACAAACAAAUUCUUCCAUUUUUUUUUUAAUAUUACUGUAGAAUGUUUUGAUGAAUAAGAAAAAAAUCCUAACUACUACAUUUUUCAUUUAUUUCCGUUGAAAUUCAAUAAAUUAUUUGUUAAUUUGCAAA